UGAAGUUGAAAGGCGCGUGCGACUUAGACCCCCAAGUCAAGAAUGACUGCCUCAACUCCAUAACCAUUCUUUUCUGUAAUCUGUAUAACUUCUCCAAUUAACCCCCAAACUUAGACCAUCAAUCUCUGAAUUAAUUUCUAUCACACAGUUGAUUAAUCAUGAACGACUUGUUAUCCAACUCCUUCUCCCAGGGCUCGCCGGACCACCAUGUCAUCGAGAUGACCCCCUCCGAUGCCUCCAGCGACCUCAAGAAGUUCUUCGAGGACGUCGACUUGAUCCAGACCGAGCUCAAUGACUUGCAGAAGCUCAACACCAGCCUCAGGAGCGCACACGAGCAGAGCAAGACCCUCCACAAGGCCAAGGAAGUCAAGGACCUCCGGACACGGAUGGACGCUGACGUUAACCAUGCCCUUAAGGCCGUCAAGCUCCUUAAGGUUCGGUUGGAGGCACUGGACCGGUCCAACGCCUCCAGCAGGAGCUUGCCUGGGUGCGGUCCGGGGUCGUCCUCGGACCGGACGAGGACGUCUGUGGUGAGUGGGUUGAGGAAGAAGCUUAGGGAUUCUAUGGAGAGCUUUAAUGACUUGAGACAGAAGAUUUCCUCCGAGUACAAGGAGACCGUUCAGAGAAGGUACUUUACGGUGACCGGAGAGAAACCGGACGACAAAACCAUUGACCUUCUCAUAUCUACUGGCGAAAGUGAGACAUUUAUGCAGAAGGCAAUCCAAGAGCAAGGAAGAGGCCAAGUCCUAGACACUAUAAACGAGAUCCAAGAGAGGCACAAUGGUGUAAAAGCCAUGGAGAGGAAUCUGAACGAGUUGCACCAGGUGUUUCUGGACAUGGCAGUCCUGGUUCAAGCUCAGGGUGAGCAGAUCGACGACAUCGAGCGUCACGUAGAUCGAGCUAGUUCGUUCGUGCAACAAGGCACCCAGCAGUUGCAGAAGGCCAGGUUCUUGCAGAAAAACACACGCAAAUGGACCUGUUAUGGUAUCCUAAUCUUGCUCAUCAUCACCGGAAUCAUAUUGGCCUCCACGCUGACUUAAGGCAGUCAAAUGUCCUGUGGACUAUAGUUAGUUACACUGUCAGUGCAUAUAAAGUUUUGAUCGAUUUUAUUUUUCUUCAUGUUGGCCCUGAUUUUGUAAGUACAUACUUCUUUCUUUCUCGGUUGGAUUGGUUAUUGUGUAUUGUUGUACAAUUUGUUUUCUUUUGACGAGGUCUCUAGUUGUUUUAAAGAAACUGUUAUAUAUAUACAUACAUGGUUGGUUAGUCUA